AUAAUUUCAUAACUUACUGUCUCAUUUUAUUAAAAUCCAAAAUGUUUUUAACAGUGAUUGUGAUUUAUACAUUAUUAAGUUUAAGAAUAAGAAAUGCAGAAUCGUAUGGAGUAGAAAACGACAAUUUUUUCAUUAAUGAUUUGUAUAUGAAUGUGAACAAGAAUGAAAAUUCCGAGAAACAUCAGUAUAUUGGAAACACAAAUGAAAAUGAUAUAAUAAAAGAUGUUUCCAAAUUAUUGGAUUAUUUAAGUACAAAUCAAUUGAACAUAAAGAAACCUAAAAAAUUAGAUUGGUGGCAAAAAAUUGUUUUUUACGAAAUCUACCCUCGGUCAUUUAAGGAUACGACGGACAAUGGUAUAGGAGACUUGCGAGGUGUUAUUGAAAACAUACCGUACCUCAAAGAUUUGGGAAUAGGUGCAGUCUGGUUAACUCCGAUAUAUCCGUCUCCAGGAUUCGAUUUGGGUUAUGACAUAACAGACUUCAGAAGUAUAGACCCAUUAAUGGGUUCUAUGCAUGAUUUCGAUGAACUACUAAAAAAACUUCACGAAAACGGAAUAAAAAUAAUUAUGGAUCUGGUACCUAAUCAUACAAGUCAUGAGCACGAAUGGUUUAUUAAAUCUGUGCAAAAAAUAGAACCAUUUACCGAUUAUUAUAUAUGGGCCGAUGCAAAAUAUAUUAAUGGCACCAGGCAACCUCCAAACAAUUGGUUGACUUACGACGGACAAUGUAUGUGGGAAUGGAAUGAACAGCGAAAUCAAUAUUAUUUACAUCAAUUUCAUAAAGAACAGCCAGAUUUAAAUUUUUGGAAUCCUUUAGUCCGCGAAGAAAUAAAAAAUUUAAUAAGGUUCUGGAUCGAUAAAGGAGUCGAUGGAUUUCGAUUGGAUGCCAUCACACACUUAUACGAGAAGCAAAAUUUGAUGGACAUGAAAAAUCCUAUGAACAACACAGAAAGAUAUGGAGUUGUUAUAGGUCUAAAUGAAUCCUUAGUUGAGUUAAGUGUUUGGAGAUCUGUUGUUGAUGAAUACAAAAAAAAGGAUGGCCAAACGAGAGUCUUGUUAAUUGAAACCAUUGAUGACAUAGAAAGGACAAUGAUGUUUUACGGAAAUUCAACGAAUCCUGGUGGUCAUAUCUUACUUAACGGUUUUCUUAUAUAUUUAAGUCAUAGUCCAGCUAGUAACUAUAUCAAAGUAAUUUCUCAAAUUUUAUCUCAAUAUUCAUCUGAUAGAUGGCCUAAUUGGACCAUCGGAAAUCAUGACUCUAGGCGUGCAACUUCCUUAAAUGAAAACGAAUCGAUAGACGGCAUUUGCAUGAUUCAAAUGCUCUUACCUGGAACACCUGUUGUCUACAUGGGUGAUGAAUUGGGAAUGACAGAUACAUAUUUGAGAGAAGAUCAACUCAUUGAUAGUAUGUCUAAAAGGUUGGGUCUUUCUGGUGCUCGAGAAGUAAGUCGUACGCCAUUCCAGUGGAACUCAAGACCUCAAGCAGGGUUUUCUAAUAAAACCAAAACAUGGCUACCAGUAAAUCCAAAUUAUGUUACCUUGAAUGUCGAAACCCAAAGCAUUCCUACUACUCGUAGUCAUUUAAAUAUAUUUAAACAACUUGUAGAGCUGAGGAAGUUGGACGUUUUUCGUACAGGAAAUGUAAAACUUUAUGAAGUAUCCAAAUACGUUUUGGCUUUUUCCAGAAGUAACAACAUUUUCAAAUCAUAUUUUGUUGUAAUAAACAUGGGUAGUGAAAUGGAAAACAUCAAUCUCAGGAAGUUUCAAUUUUUUCUUCCUUAUAAAAUGACAGUGAAAGUUGCCAGCAUUACUGCGGAACAAUUUACUGGGGAUGUUAUUAAAACGGAUUCAUUUACCUUAAGACCCAAGGCAUCACUUGUGUUGGAGUCAUCAUUUUUUUAACUCGUGAAUAUUUUAUUUGUCGUUUAAUUAAUAACAAAAAAUGUUGUAUUGCUUGAAUUUUA